AAGAGAGGAGAGAAGGGGUGGACGUGCACUCUGGGAUUUUCUUUAGCCAGAUGCAUGCACUCCCGAGUAAAUUCUUUCUUAACUCUCAAAACCAGGCUCUGUUCAUGUGGAACUGAGUCUCUAUCGCCUUAACGACCUUCGAGUGAUGUUCAAGGAGUAGCAGGUAGGGCUCAAAAUAAGAAAGUCUGAUAGAUUUUCCGAGCGGGGACGUCAUUUAGCACGUAAACGGAAUUGGAAAAAUGCCAGGUUACUAAGUUAGUGAAGGAAAAUGGCAGAUCUGGGAGACGUCUUGUAAACAAAGCUGAAAUAAAAGUAAAGCAGAACAAAUGGCAUGAAGUUGGUGUUGCAGUCUGGUUAUGACUGAAGAUUAUUAUGUCUCGGAAAAAACGUAGGAAUAAAGGGCAACGUUCUGGAAAGCUUCAGAAAGCCCUGUGUAACAACGAUGUGAAUGGAAGAGAUCCAGUGGUGGAAGACUUUGUUAAUGCCAAACAUGCAAAGGAAGCACUCAAGCGAGUGUCAAAAGGAUUUUCAUCAAGUGCAACAGCAAUAGUUACUGAAGCAGAAAAAGAAAACAUGAUCCCCUGGUAUGACAGAACUGACUUUGAUUCACUGUCUGAUGAAGAGGAUGAGAAGUCAUCAAUUGAUAUCCAUGAACAACAAUCCACAUCAACUUCCAGAUCACAAAGAUCAAAGAGGAAAACAAAGGAUACUCCACACACAGAGUGUAACAAGAAUGGUUUGUUAUAUCCGCUUGAUAUAUGGUGUUUGCUAGCACAGUAUAUUGAUCCUGAACAUGUGCAAAAGUUUGCACUGAUCUGUAGAGGAGCAAGGCAAGCCACAAACACAAGGAUGUUUUGGUGUAGAAUCUAUAAAUGUUACAUUAGUAGGCCAAACAAGCUACCUGAACGACUACAACCACAUAGAAUAGAGUGUCGCCCCGGACUACGUGCAAGGAUUAUAAGAGCUCUUUUCCAUGGCUAUGAGCCAUUUAGGACUUGUGUUGUGUCUCAUAAUAACUUAAAGGAUCCAGACGUGUUGGAAGGUCACAUGUGCAUAUCAAUGUGGUACAAGCAGGCCUUGUGCAAGAAGCAAACUAAGAAAAUCUGGGCGUUUUAUUUCAAGUUUUCUCAGAAAACAGCUGGCAUGAAAAGUAAACCUCGUUAUUUCUCCAAAGAAUGGUUGGCACAAGUUGAUGACUUGAAUUAUAAUCCUGAAGAGGGACACUCCAUUCUUCAAAUAAAUUGUGUUAAUUACCUGCCUGUUUCUCCUGUGCAAGGUCAUGUAUUGACAAAAGCUUCCAUUGGUGUUAGUCGUGACAUGAAGCAUAACAGCGUUAAGUUAAUUUUUCAUUCACCUCGUAAUGAUGGCCGAUAUAGAAAGGAAGAGGGAAACAGUGUUAUCCUUGAGCCAGCAUAUGAUGCUAAAGUUAUUCAUUGGUGGAGUCCACUUUAUCCUCACUAUGAGGAUGCAUUGUAGAGUAUGAAACCACUUAGAGUGACCAGCAGCUAAUUUCUCUUUGCAGUGAUGUUGAAUCAUUUAUAAAAAUUAUUAGAAUAAAGGUAACAAUUGCCAACCUAGGAGCUUUGAUUUUUAAAUGAC